AUUUGAAAAUUAAAUCAGAUUCUCUCUCUUCUACUUCUGGAUUCUCAUUCAAUUUUCAAUUACUUCGUAACGAAGGAGUAGACUCGAAGAAAACUAACGAACCCAAACAAACUAAAAUUUUCCAAUUCUUCGCUAAUUUUCGUCAACCUCGAAGACUUCCGCUGAUUUCUCUUCAUUUUCUCUCUCCUAUUCAUCUUCGUUCGUUUUCUCCGAUCUCUUUUGAGUAUUCAAUUUCGAUUUGCAGCAAUCAAUUUUCAAAACUCGGCAACUUUCUUCCUUGAUCCGUAAGAUUAGGGCUUUUAUUAUAGCCAAUUUCUUGCAUUUUGUCCCUAAUUUUUAUUGGGCUAGUUCUUGUUUUGGGUGAUUCUUUGUUUCACUUCGUUUUUCACGACUUCAUGGCAGAUGGAAGUCUCAUCCGAAGGAAAUAAAACUGCAGUGCUUCUUUCCUUUUGAUGAUGUUCUAAAGUAAUACAUCACAUACUGCAGGAAAUAAGAUUGUUGAGGCAGAUAUCAUAAUGAAUCAGCCACUUUCGCCCAAAGAUGAAAGGAUUGUUUCUGCCAAUCCUUCCCCGGAUGCAGCCAUCACAGGGCCUUCAAGGAAUGCUAUCGAAGCUCCAAGGUCAUCAGAGGCAGCAGCAGAUAAUAAGGCAAUGCACCCACCCUAUAAUUAUGGAUCUCUGGAGCAAACUUACUUUUAUGGAGGAUAUGAUAGUGGAGCUAGCAGUUGGAGUGGAUAUCCACAGUAUGCUUCUGGUGCUGAAGGCCUUCAUGUUGUACCUCCGGUCAUUUUUGGUGAUAAUUCGUCUCUUGGACUGCAUUCUCCUUAUGGAUUCAAUUCUCCUAUGACAUACGGACAGUAUUCACCUGCCACUACACCUGUACCUCAGAUAAUUGUUGAUAACCAGUUCUUUUCUCCUCAACAAGUUCCUGUUUCUCCACAAUACUAUCCACAGCCUGCUGGUAGCUCGAUGCCACAUAUGUCAGCAACAAUUCCAGUUUCUCAUGCUGAUAUGGUGACUCAUAAAGGACACAUAUCCAUAAAUGCACCUUAUAAUCAUGGUUUUUACAACUUUCAUGGGAUGUAUGGUUCUGGUGAACAUUUAUCAAGUCCAUCAAACUCAACUGAUAUGGGGUGGAGAACUUUGACAUCAGCUGCAGCAUACACUCAACCAGUUGGUACUCUUGGUUCUUUUGACCCCACAGUUGGACAGAUUGCUCAACAGAGAUCGCAUCCUGGAUAUGGAUCGUCAGAGUAUGUUAAUGGGCCAUAUCCCUAUGAUGGAUUGUUUCAUGGUUCUAGUUUUAGUGGGAUGCCUAACUCUCAACAAGGAGCUAGUCUUUGGAAUACUCCAAGUUUCGUGAAGGUGCGGAAUCAAAGGGAGCAGGAUUCGUUGUUUGCUAGUUCUGGUGACCGUAAUAGAGGACCAAGGGCAUCAAAAGGAAAAGGAAAGGGAACGACUGGUAGUGGUUUGUUGCCUGGUACUGAAAAUGCUACAGAGAAUAACUCAAUGACUAGUAGUGCUAAAAUUGGUGUGUCUGCUUGUGGAGUGAAUUUUGCAUCUCUCAAUAGUGCAGAGUUUCCGACUGACUAUGAGAGUGCAAGGUUCUUUAUCAUCAAGUCUUUUAGUGAAGACAAUAUCCAUAGAAGCAUUAAAUAUGGAGUUUGGGCAAGUACACCUCAUGGAAAUAGAAAGUUAGAUGCUGCUUAUCAGGAAGCCAAAGAGAAAGGCAACUGUCCUGUAUUUCUCUUGUUUUCAGUUAAUGCUAGUGGCCAAUUUUGUGGUGUAGCGGAAAUGGCUGGGCCUGUGGAUUUUGAUAAGAAUGCAGAUUACUGGCAGCAGGAUAGAUGGACUGGACAGUUUGCAGUCCGUUGGCACAUAAUUAAGGACAUUCCGAAUAGUAAAUUUCGGCACAUUUUGCUAGAAAAUAAUGACCACAAGCCUGUUACUCAUAGCCGAGACUCUCAAGAGGUUAAUCAGGAGCAGGGCAUUGAUAUGCUCAGAAUUUUCAAGGAAUUCGAAGCGCAAACAUCGAUCCUUGAUGACUUUGAAUUUUAUGAGGAGCGGGAGAAGGUUCUGCAUGGAUGGAAGAAUCGACAGCAAGCCAAAGCAAAGCCUAGUGUUUCAGAAUCUCUUACUGAUGAGAUGCUGAAUAGUAUUACUGACAAAUUAGACAACACUCUCCAUUUAGAGGAGAGUUGUAAAGAAGUAGUGGCUACUGAAAAUAGCAGCAGCACGCACGAGAGCACCAAGGUAUAGUUAGAACGCACAUCUGCAAAUGUCAUCUCCCAAAGUUCCGUCUUCUCAGAGCAAAGAAUGCUUAAAAGAUAUUUUCGUUAUUUUUGUCAUUGUGUCCGGGAAACUGGGAUUCCCGCCUGCUCGAUUCUUCACUAGUUCCCUUAUUGAGCGCGCAUGAGCCAAGCAUUCUUCAGUUAGCUGGUGCCUGGUGGUUGUGGCAGGAUUGUUGUAUGAUGUGCCUGGCUCUUUAAAGGUGUAAUUUUAGCUCCAUACCGUCACAAAAAAAAAAAAAAAAAAAAGUUUUUUUUUGUUUUUUUUCUCCUUUUUGUCCUUUUUCGUCUUGUUUUUUAUUUAAAAUUAUAUUUUCAGAUUUGUUGCUGUUCUCUGUUAAAUGGAUAUAUUUUACAGCUUAAAUCACCAUUUCCCUUGGAUAAUGAGCACUUCAAGAUUUUGAUGUAAUUCCCCAAUUUUAAUGGGAAAGAAAACUAAUAAAUUAUUUCUGUAAGAGCAUUGAAUGGUUGAUACUUGAUAGUAAUUUCAUUUGUGUAA